ACCCCCCUCGUCGACACGCAGCGACGCUCUCUCCAAGGGACGAAGCCAGAGUCUCGGCAGAGGGAUUCAGCCAGCCUGGCUCCAGACAUCGGUUCGUCCCCUGGGUGCAGAAAAUCGAAAAAGACCAGCGACCGCCAGGCAGAAUGCAGAUGCUGCACGUCGUGAUGGCCGGCUCGCUCGUGGCGCUGCUGGCGACCCUGGGGCUGCCGCAUGCCGCCGCCGACGAGGUCAUCGUGCAGAAGAGGGAGGUGGACCCCGCCCAGAUGGAGCGUCUGCUGGACCCCAAGAGGAAGAGACCGUUCUGCAACGCCUUCACUGGCUGCGGCAAGAAGCGCUCCGACGAGUCCAUGGCCACGCUGGUGGAGAUGAACUCCGAGCCGGCGGUCGAGGAGCUGACGCGCCAGAUCCUGUCGGAGGCCAAGCUGUGGGAGGCCAUCCAAGAGGCGCGCAUCGAGCUUCUCAGGAGGAAGCACCAGCAGCAGCAGAUGGCUGGCAGCCAGGAGGCGGAGAGCGCUGCCUUGCCCCUACCGCUGAGACUGGCCAGCUACCGGAGGAAGAGGUCUGCCGACUCACUGGCCGAGGACAUGAAGAACUUGAGCCGGUAAGAUGGAAGGUCAGAGACUCGCCCGCCCCCGUCGUGUGUUCCCGAUGUCACUCCGUCAGCAGCAGCCCCGUCGAGGUCGCGCGGCCACCAGACGACGCGCGAAGAUAGUCACCCUCUUCUCCUCGUGUCCUUCCACACCGCUGCGGCCGAGUUCACCCACCGGCAUCCUGCUGCCACUUUUCGGAACAACGCUGCAAAAACUGUACUACCUAAACCACUUCCAUUAUAUAUUUGUUGCAUGUAGUCUUUGUCUCUGUCAACAUGUGUGUACUGAUGAUGUUACAAGAACACGUCUACUGGUUGAUUCUUUGGAAACGAUGUAUAAGUAGUGUUAUUUAAUUUGCGGAUGUGAUAUUAACAAAAAAAAAGUUUGCAUUGAUUCAAGGUCAACAGAGAAAUACUGAUUUCAAACGCACGUAAAUUCUUUAAAAAGUAUUUAAUUAAAAAGGUGAAAAGCACCGUGGUAAUAAAAAAUAACUUAAUUCAAGGGCCAUUGGAAAACAAAGAAAAUUUAAUAUCCAUACAGCAUCGUUAUUCAAUCAUAAAGAUGUCAACUCGUCACACAAAUAUUUGAAUUAUAAAUUUUCUGUGAGAGUGGAAUCAUAUUAAUGAUGUUAUUUCAAAUUUAAUCUUGUAGUUGUUAAUGUUGUUAAACUGGGUUUUAAUGUGGAUACCAUUUCAUCCAGACACAAAAUAGAUAUCUAAAUCGUCUAACUUAACAUAAUAUCUUAUAAGUUCACGACAAAUUCCAGUUCUACAGAUUGUACCUAUGUGGCAAAUUCAUGCUGCUAAAUAAUUUUCAGUGUUGUUUAUAUUUCUUCCCGUAAACACAGCCCUUGUGCAUAUGAAAAUAUUACUUAUAAUUUUAUCAUACAAAUGUAACUGAAUAUUGUGGUGUUUUCAUACUCCCUUCGAGAAUAUCUGUAAUCUACAGACUGUUUGACAUUUUAAAUGAACUUAUAUAAUAGUUAUAGUCUUGCAUUAUAAAUUAUGUACAUUAUAUUCAGAAGAAUAAUAAAUUCCUUGAUGAAUAUUUUGAAA